AUGAGGGUGCUCUGCCUGCUCUUUGCUGUGCUCCUGCUCUUCUCCUUGGCCACCCCAGGGCAGGGGCAGCCCAAGAGCUCUUGUGACGGGUACUGCUCCUACGUGUGUGGCAAAACCGACGAGUGGACCUUCAGCCCCUCCUGCGGGAAGAUGUACUGCUGCGUGCCCUCACCCAAAAAGGGGAGAUGA